AAGCCACAUGACCGGAAGCUGCUGUUUGUUUCGGCUGCUAUGGCAACGGGCUGUGGCAGGCGGAGGAAGCGGGGUAUUUAGCGAACGGCAAGAUUUUCCUAUCUCUGCCACAAAAGGGUCUGUUGAAAAUCUACCAUAUUGUUGGACCUUACAGAGAGAGUUAAUUAUUCUUAUGAAUUCAUAGUAAACAGGUGAUCCUUCAAUUUUCUUCAUCAACAAAUAGCUUCAGUUGAUCAGAGCAAGCUGUUUAAAUUCAGUGCCAUCAUGGAGGUGGAAAAGCACGCUGUCCAGCAGUUCAGCAACCAUGGUCAUGUCCUUACAAAGCAGGCAAUUCUUCCUAAUGACAGAUUAGUGGAGGAACCCAAGCAUGAAAAUGUGCCAAAUCAUUUACUGGAAACAAAAAUCUAUAGCACAUUACAGAAAAACAAAACAAUUAAGGCUAUCCCUGCUAUUCUGCAUUUUGGAGGUUAUGACAUAGGAAAGCAUCACCAACAGAAUCUGAAACUGGUCAAUAUUUCUUCAGUAGUGACAAAUGUUCAUAUUCUACCUCCUCAGACAAAAAACUUCCAAAUUAAAUAUACCAAAAAGAAUCACUUGGUGCCUGGAUUAUCAUUAAUAGUUACAGUUGAUUUCUGCCCUAAUGAAUGGCGAUAUUAUUAUGACUGUAUCCGCAUUCAUUGUAAGGAAGAUGAAACACUACUCAUUCCUAUACAUGCAUAUCCUGUUGCAAACAUAGUGGAUUUUCCUACUCAUAUAAAUAUAAGUGAUGUCCCUCUUGGGCAAAGCAAAGACAUCAUCAUUCCUUUGCAUUGUAGCUGCCCAGUUGAUUUUGAGUUUCAGUUGAAUUGUUCACAGCUGCAUCAUGCAUUCAAAAUUCAGCCUACAUCAGGAGUAAUACCAGCUAAUGAACAAAUUGACAUUGUUGUCACUUAUACGCCAUCUGAACGUGCUACAGCUCAAAGUAAGGUGCAGCUCAUCAUUUCAGAGUUUAAUGCAAAGCCCUAUGUUUGUACUAUCACUGGGAUUUACUCUCCAGGGCACAAAUUUAGGUUUCAAGAUGAAUAUGAAGAAACUAAAGACACCGUCACAAGAAAGUUGCUGGAUCCUCAGAGUAUUUUGCCAAUAAACAUUUCAAGAAAAAAGAAACAUCAGAAGCGUGUAUUGGAUCAAACAGCCGAAAAAUUUAAGGGCUCAAAGUAUCCAGCUGAUUUGUCCAAUCCGCAUGCUGUAGCCCUUGUAUUAAACCAGAAACCUGGCAAAUUACGACUUAAAGAUCUGCGAGAAGCAUUGGCAAGUGUUCAAGGAGCAUCACAAAGCAGACAGGCAAAGGAAGCCAUGUUUAUUCAAAAGGUCAACAGUGAUGUUUUGUUGGAACAAGCUAACCAAUUACAAUGGCAGACGCACCUUGGUAGAGAUCCAAUUUCUCCUAAAGCUAAACAGUUGAUUCUGGAAAAUAGACAACUAGCGGAUGAAGAAUACCAGGUUUACCUGGAUGUCCAUGUACCACAAAAGGAAUGCCAAAGACGGGAAACAAAGAUUUCUUUGACUCGCGUCCUCCGAACCGCUAGACAGUUUCCAAGCUGCGUCCCAGAAUUUGAUCCCUAUUCAAAUGAUCCCUGGGAAGUUCGUCAUAGAGUUCUCAGACAUUUUCAGCUAGCUGCAAGAAAGGUUAUCAUACAAUGCCGAGUAAAUCAUAGGUUGCUUUUGUUAAGAAAACUUAUUGAAACUCUCAAUACUCAACGAGAAAAUUUAAUUGAUUUCAGUGUGAGCAGCAAAGUCACCAUUGAUUGGUCAGAUCAGGAAACUGAGAAGUGUCGUGCAUGUCUUUCCAUGAAGAAACUUCAGCCUUUUACAUUCCCUUAUUAUGUCUCUCCUGACUGGAGUGAUGAAUUAGCUGCUGAUGCACUUGGAUCUGUGCCUGUCAAACCUUCAGAAGUAACGGUCAGUCGAGUGGUACCAUACUUUAACCUAAAGGCUUUUCGUCGUUAUCAGUUAAUGGAUUAUGAACCUUAUUCUACUCAAUAUUCCUCAUCCACAUAUGUUCCGUUAACUUUGGCACGGCCUCUCAGGACAGGAGCAGAGGAUGAAUGCAUCUCAGUGCAACUAAAUGACCAAAAACAUUUUGAAACUGACACACAUUUGGAUGAACGGCACAUGAUAAAACCUUUAGCAAAGGAUGAAAAAUCAGCCCCAAGCACAGCAAUCUUACUUCCCCCUGAAGGGUUGCUCAGACAGCCAGACUUUCAUCCAUUAUACAUAUUUAACCCUGUUCCUGAUCUUUAUGCAUUUAAGAAACCUCUUUCAUUCGCUGAAACAGAUUUGGAAUUUCACCUUUGUCCUCUGCCAAGAUAUGUCAUAGACAGUAAAAAUGGAAGUAAUUUUGCAAGCACACAGAAGAAAUUUCUUGAUCGUGAUGACAUAAUUAAAGGCUUAAUGAAUUGGAAGAAGUUUCCUUGUGCUGCUCUUAAGGCUUUAACUACCACUGACUCUCUAACCAGCUCAUGGGUGCCAAGAUGGAAUGAUCCGUUUUCAUUGGAUAUGCUUCCUGUUGAUGUUCCUUUACAACUGGAUCAUAAAUUAGAUGGAAACGAGGAAAACAUAACUGCAGAAAGUCCUGAAGAGGUUGUAUUGACACCACAAAUGUUGGAAGCUGAAUUCACAAUGAUUCAAAGUGGAUUAUCAGACAGUCCAAAAUUUGAAGCAGAACAAGAAAAUGAUAAGCCCAUAAAGGCUAAAUCUUCACAAACAUCAACUCCUGUUCAACCCACUCCAAGGGAAGUAAGAGAACAACAUUUGGAGAAUUCUCUGCAAGUUCAGAACAAUCGUUUGGGAUCAGGUUUUCAAAUGCGAAUGGAGCACCUAAGACGUUUAAGUAUCAACAAGUCGUUGCUUCUAAACUAAAAUUGACAUUCAUUACUACAUCAUAGUUUCAAAAUGACAUGUGAACUGCUUGGUGCGCAUGCAUUUUAAUACUUACAAUCAUUUUUCUAAUUUGCUAAAAGUAAAAUAAUACAUUUAUGUAAUAUUGACAUUGUGCCAUUAUAAAGAAUCAGGAAUUCUAUGUGCCCACAUUGCAAUAAAUAUAGAGUAAAAUUGUUGUAUAUAAGGUCAAAACUAUAAUUAAAUAAAUACUUGAUUAUUGUGAUAAUCAUCAUAUGUUAAAGGUAAUCUAUUAUCUAUACUCAAGGAAUUAUUUCUGUGUGGCUUUUUAUGGUGAAGGUUUUCCAGUCUUCCACUAUUGCUCUGGCAAGGGAAUGUUGGAAUGUUGAAAAAAAAUGGGAAAUAACCUUGCAUAUAAAAAAACUGAUCAACUAAUUUUUCUUCUGAAUCUGAAAUUUUGCCUCUUUAUAACAACGAGUAGUAAUUAGAUCAAGAUUUUAAUGCUUAAUUGAUAAGACCAUAAAACAUUAGAGCAGAAUUAAGCCAUUCAACCCAAUGAGUCUGCUCUUCCAUUUGAUCAUGGUUGAUUUACUUUCCCUCAACCUCAUUCUCUUGCCUUCUCCCUGUAACCUUAGAUGCCCUUAAUAAUUAAGAAUCCAUCAAUGCCCAGUUUAAAUAUACCAAAUGGCUUGCCCCCACACCUUCUGUGGGUACAAAUUUCACAGAUUCACUAUCCACUGGAUCAAGAAAUUCCUCCUUUGUUUUAAAUGGAUGUCCCUAUAUUCUGAAGCUAUGCCUUCUGGUUUCCACUAUAGGAAACAUCCUUUCCAUGUCCACUGUAUCAAGGCUUUUCAAAGUUCAAUAGGUUUCAAUGAGAUCCCCCUCAUUCUUCUAAACUCUAGUGAGUACUGGUAGAGAGCCAUCAAAUGCUCCUCAUACAAAAAUCCUUUUACUCCCAGAAUCAUUCUCUUAAGCCUCCUUGAGCCCUCAUACUUUAUAAAGCCUCAUUAUUAUAUCCUUGCUUUUAUAUUUUAUACCCUUUGAAAUAAAUGUUGGCAUUGUUUACCACUGACCCAAACUGUAAAGGAAUCCUGCUUGGGGACUGUUUUGUACCUCUGAAUUAUGAAUGUUCUCUCCAUUUAGAAAAGAGUCUCUGUGUUUUUUCCUUCUAUCAAAGUACUUGACCAUACAUUUCCCUGAACUAUAUUCCAUCUUUGCCCAUUCUUACAAACUGUCUAAAUGUUUCAUCAACACUACCUGCCCCUCCACCUAACUUUGUAUCAUCUGCAACUUGGCCACAAAGCCAUCAAUUUCAUCAUCAAAAUCAUUGACAUAUAACAUGAAGAGAACCAAAAUGGACUCCCUCAAAACACCAUUAAUCACUGACAGCCAACCAGAAAAGGCCCUCUCUAUUCCUAGUCUUUGCCGCUUGCCAAUCAGACAGUCUUUUAUCUAUGCUGGCAUCUUUCUUGUAAUACCAUGAAGUUUGUCUUGUCAAGCAGCCUCAUGGGCAUCACCUUGUCAAGGGCCUUCUAAAACUCCAAGUACACAACAUAAACUGAUUUUCCUUUGUCUGUUCUGUUCUGUUAAUUUUUCAAAGAAUUCCAACACAAUUGUCAAGCAAGAUUUUCCCAUCAUUUCCUAUAUAUUUGCCUAUAGUUUCUUCUCUUCUGCCUGUCUCCCUUCUUGAAGAGUGGAGUGACAUUUGCAAUUUUCCAGUCUUCCAGAACCAUUCCAGAACAUAGUGAUCAUUACCCAUGCAGCCAGAAUCUCCCCAGCCACCUCUUUCAGAACCCUGAAGUGUAGUCCAUUUGGUCCAGGUGACUUAAUUACCUUCAGACUUUUCAGCUUCUCAAGCACCUUCUCUAGUUAUGGCAACUACAUUCACUUCUGCCCCUCGACACUCUUAACCUUCCACCAUACUACUAGUGUCUUCCACAGUGAAGGCUGGUGCAAAAUACAUAUUUCCUUGUCCCCUGUUACUACCUCUCCAACAUCAAUAUCUGGCUCUCCGACACCCAGUCUUGUCUUUCUUUUACUCUUUAUAUAUCUAAAAAUCCUUUGGUGUCCUCUUUUAUAUUAUUAGCUAGCUUACCUUCAUAUUUCAUCUUUUUGCUCCUUAUGGCAUUUUAGUUACAUUCUGUUGGUUUUAAAUAGUGUCCCAAUCCUUUAACUUCCAAAUAAUUGUUGCUAUAUUAUAAUCUCGCUCUUUUGCUUUUAUGCUGUCUUUGACUUCUCUUGUCAGCCACAGUUACACGAUCCUCCCUUUAGAAUACUUCAUCUGUGGAAUGUAUCUAUCCGAAUUGCUGCUAGAAACUACAGCCAAUGCUGUCAUCCCUUCUAGUGCCCUCUUCUAAUCAACUUUGGUCAACUCCUCUCUCUUGCCUCUGUAAUUCCCUUUACUCCACUGUAAUAAUAUCUGAAAUUGCUCCCUUUCAACUUGCAAUGUGAAGUCUAUCCCAUUAUGUUCAUGGUCUCCCAAGGGUUCUUUUACCUUAAGCUCCCUAAUCAAAUCUGGUUCAUUACACAACACCUAAUCCACAAUUCCCUGGAUCUCCAGGGAUCCAGCACCAACCUGAUAUUCAUAAUCUACUGUACCUGUAUGUGAAAUGCUGCCUAACUCUCUAUAUUCUCUAUUCAGGGCCUGCUCCCUUUUCCUAGCUGUGUUGUUAGUACCAAUAUGUAUCACAGCUUCUGGCUGCUCAUUCUCCCUCUUUUGUUGUUUUGCAUAGCAGGUGCUUUUCUCUUCACACUUCUAAUUGGCUUUUGUCAAGCCACUUCUCCAGCUUGUGGCUGCAUCGAUGGACCAUGGCAAAGCCAUCUCAGAUCUUGGUGAGAGGGCAUGUUUGGACCAGGUGGAGGAUUCCUGGGUUGGGACACCCUUGGGGCAAGCUGGGGUUUGUCAUGCAUCCCAUCGGUGUAGUCUUUGCGCUGUUUUGGCAUGUCAACUUCUGAGUCUAUUUGCGGCUGUCCAGUUUUUUCUGGUAGCUUUAGUAA